CCCCACUUCCUCCGGCCUCCCGCUCUCACUUCCUUCUCGAGCCCCGAGCCGCUGCCGCCGCCCCCAGCUCCCCCGCGGCGGGGAGGGCACCAGCCACUUAUCUCCAGCUUUGGGGUCAGGAUCUGCUGUAGAAGACUUGGUGAGUUUGAGAGCCUUUUCAAACGUCCCUAGCCAGGAGAGACAGGCUGCAACUUCCCAGUGAUAGAGGUCACUGCAUCCAGAGGGGCCCGGAACAGGGAGGAGGCAUUGCCUCCACUGCAGCAGCUGCACCCACGAUGCAGAGCAUCAAGUGUGUGGUGGUGGGCGAUGGGGCUGUGGGCAAGACGUGCCUGCUCAUCUGCUACACGACUAAUGCCUUCCCCAAGGAAUACAUCCCCACAGUGUUCGACAAUUACAGCGCCCAGAGUGCAGUGGACGGGCGCACAGUGAACCUGAACCUGUGGGACACAGCGGGCCAGGAGGAGUACGACCGCCUCCGCACACUCUCCUACCCUCAGACCAACGUCUUUGUCAUCUGUUUCUCCAUUGCCAGUCCGCCCUCCUAUGAGAAUGUGCGGCACAAGUGGCAUCCAGAGGUAUGCCACCACUGCCCCGACGUUCCCAUCCUCCUGGUGGGCACCAAGAAGGACCUGAGAGCCCAGCCUGACACCCUCCGGCGCCUCAAGGAGCAGGGCCAGGCACCCAUCACACCGCAGCAGGGCCAGGCACUGGCCAAGCAGAUCCAUGCUGUGCGCUACCUCGAGUGCUCGGCUCUGCAGCAGGACGGCGUCAAAGAAGUGUUUGCUGAGGCCGUCCGGGCCGUGCUCAACCCUACGCCAGUCAAGCGUGGGCGGUCCUGUGUCCUCUUGUGACCCUGGCACUCAGCUUGGAGGCUGCCCCUGCCCCCCCACCAGUUGUGCCUUGGCGCCUUGUCUGCCCCCAGCUGUGCCUUAAGGACUAAUUCUGGCACCCCUUGCCAGGGGGCUCUCUGAAUGCCUUUUUCUCUGAAUGCCUAUUCCUCCUUAAGGAGGCCCACAGGGAAAGGGGCUUUGGGUCCUGCCCCACUCUGCUUGGGAAACCCAGGUAUUCUCGAGAGCUCACCCAGGCCAAGGUUGGACCCCUCCCCAAGAUGCCAACCCAGUGCCCCCUCCCCAUUUCCCCCUACUGACCAGUUGAUCCAGCUUUCCACACAAAUGUUGCUGCCUAUUGUGGUGCCUUCUCUCAGGUUAGGAGCUCUCAGCCGUCCCUAACCUCUCCCUUGCUGCUCCUCAAAUUGCUCCCCCCUAAAUGCUCUCUCCCUUCCCCAAAGAAGGAGCCACAGAAUCCUGAGAAGAAUGAAUGUGCCCUAACCUACCCCCAUGUGCCCAGGCCUUAUGCAUCCGCUGACUGACUCAGCCCCUAACCCCCAACUCGGGCUCCUGGGGGCCUUUCCUACCCCCAUCAGCAUCAAUAAAACCUCCUGUCUCCAGUG